AUGGCGGGCCUUCUGAAGAGAUUCAGGGCUAAAGAGACGAGCGAUACGACUGAUGAAAUCGAUGAGUCCUCUCAAAUUCACACUAUUAGAUCUGCUCCAUCGCCCGACAGUAUCGAAAAGGAUACUGCAUUGUCAAGCUCUCGAGACAUCCAAGAGAUAGAGGCGAACCAAAAGUUGGCAGCGUUUGAGAGAGCACAUAGGUGGGAUCCAAAUCUUGACGAUGAGCAACUCCACGAGAUUGAUGAUGUUGUUAACGCUCGUGAUCCCAAUUCCGAGGCAAAGAUAUAUGAUGAAGUUUUUGAAAACUCGCCUUACCCAGAGGUCCGGGCGGCUGUCCGCAAUUAUGAUGAAGAUCUUCCAGUCAAUACCAUCCGAGCCUGGGUUAUUGGGAUGUUCUUAACCACUAUUGCAUCAGGGUUGAACUCUCUCUUCUCUCUUCGAGCGCCUACCCUUACAAUCACUUCCAUCGUGGUUCAAUUAGUUGCAUAUCCACUUGGUGUUGCCUGGCAUAAGAUUAUGCCUUCCCGAACUUUCAAAACCCUCGGCUUGGAAUGGAACCUAAAUCCAGGACCCUUCAAUAUGAAGGAGCAUGGGCUGAUUGUAAUCAUGGCUAAUGCAGCAUUUGGGAGUGGUGUCGGCUACUUUACCGACACCAUUGUUGCUCAAAGAGGCUUUUAUGGACAGAACUUUGGCUGGGGCUUCAACAUUCUGCUAGCCAUCACGACGCAAUGCGUUGGUUUUGGUAUCGCUGGCUUGAUGCGUAAAUAUCUUGUGGAACCUGCAUCCAUGAUUUGGCCUCGUACUCUUGUGAAUACUGCGUUCAUCUAUGCCCUCCACGAUCAUAGCAAGACAGAUCCUGCCAAGAGCAACGGAUGGUCUAUCUCGCGGUAUCGAUACUUCUUUUACAUGUUCAUCGGGUCGUUUGUGUGGUACUGGUUCCCUGGUUAUAUUGCAAAAUUCCUCAGUGUGUUUGCCUUUGUAACGUGGAUCAGGCCAAAUAGUGUGGUCAUCAAUCAAGUCUUCGGCGGCUGGACAGGAAUCUCUCUCCUGCCAAUAACGUUUGACUGGACACAAAUUACAGGAUAUAACCUACAAUCGCCCCUGAUUCCUCCAUUCUUUGCCAUUAUGAACACCCUUAUCGGAACUGUGUUCUGGUUCAUCAUCAUGACAGCUGCGAUACACUUCAGCGGCCAUUGGUUUGCAGAGUAUCUACCAAUAAGUGAUUCAAAUGGUUAUGACAAUACUGGACAGUUGUAUAAUGUCACCAAAAUACUUACCCCUGAGUAUACUUUGGAUGAGGCGAAGUACAAGGCCUACUCUCCAUUAUUCUUAUCCACAACCUUCUCACUGUCAUACGGCCUGUCAUUUGCUGCUAUAAGUGCCGUGAUAUUCCACACCAUUCUCUUUCACGGUGAGGAAAUAUGGAUUCGAGCCCGAGCGGUUCGUGGUGUACUUGAUGACAACCACACGAAGAUGAUGCGGAAAUACAAAGGUGUACCUUCCUGGUGGUAUGCUGUGCUGUUUCUCGUAAUGACGGGCCUGAGCUUUGCAACCGUCUGUGCCUGGCCAACGCACUUAUCCUGGUGGGCCUUGGUCAUUGGCCUCCUGAUUUCUCUUGUCUGGACCAUUCCAAUUGGUAUCAUCUAUGCCACGACCAACAUCCAUCUCGGCUUGAACGUGUUCACAGAGUACAUUAUCGGCUACAUGCAGCCCGGACGCCCUGUAGCCAUGAUGCUUUUCAAGACCUAUGGCUACAUCACCAUGAACCAAGCGCAUGCAUUUCUCGGUGACCUAAAGCUAGGCCACUACCUCAAGAUUCCACAACGGCCUAUGUUCAUCGGCCAGCUCGUCGCCACGAUCUGGUCUUGCCUAGUACAACUGGCAGUUAUGGAGUGGGCACUCGGCCACAUCACCGGAAUUUGCCAAGAGGACCAGGCGAACAAUUUCACCUGUCCUAACGGUCGUGUCUUCUUCACGGCCUCAGUGAUCUUCGGCCUUAUCGGCCCCAAACGAAUCUUCUCUACUGGCGCGAUUUACGGCGGGCUGCAGUACUUCUGGCUGGCCGGGUCCCUGACGCCGUUCCUUGCGUACGCCGGAGCGCGUAUGUUCCCACGAUCUAAGAUCCGCUUCUUCAGCGCGCCGAUCUUCUUUGGGGGAACGGGCGAGCUACCACCAGCGACGCCGCUUAGCUACCUCUCCUGGUCGCUCGUCGGCUUCGUGUUCCAGAAAGUAAUCCGCAACCGCUGGCGUGGGUGGUGGAUGCGGUACAACUACAUCACAAGCGCGGGGCUGGAUGUCGGCCUGGCCAUCUGCACGAUUGUGAUCAUUGCGGCGCUGAACCUGACUGGGACGACAUUUCCGGAUUGGUGGGGAAAUAGAGCUCCCGGGAGCACGAUGGAUUAUCUGAACACGGCUGUGAAGAAGAAGCUCCCCGAGGGAGGAACAUUUGGGCCUACUAACUGGGGAUGA